AUGGACUGGAAUUCUUCCGGAACAGUGUUGAGGAAGAAUUCUUUUAGAGAGUGCUACCGAUGCGACCCAAGACUCGCGUCCACGGUCGCGUCCCCUCGUGCUCGCCUCGCUUUGUUCAUCGCCGGUGGAUCUCUUACCGAGUACCGCUACUCUUCCUCCUCCUCCCUCUCGAUCGAUUCCGCAUCUGCAUCGAUCUCUUCGAUUCAAUUAAUCGCGAAUUCGUAUCGCGUGUUCGCGCGUCCCCGCGGCGCCGUUGGCGGUUGCAGCACCCCCGGCAGUAGAGUGGAUCCCUGGUGGAAUCCUGGUUCCCUCUUCCCCUCGACCCCUGGGCCCCCAAGGAUCGACGAGGGGGCACCGGAUAACAACGGUGGUAGCGGCGCUUUUCAGUUCUGUUCGCCGCCGAGCCGUAACGCGAAUAGUCCGUCCCAUCACGGCCAACGCCACCACCAUCCGUCCCACCUUCAUCAUCACCAGCAUCACCCGUCGAACCACCAGUCGAACGCGUCCACGUGCAGGAACGCGUCCACGGCCUACGGUGUCUCCCCCAACUUGCCCCCUUCGUGCUCGACGCCGGGCCUCGGCCGCGCGGAUACGCUAGCGCGGCCCGCCGAUGCCGUAGCCUCGCCCGCAACCGUGUACGGCAUCGCCUCCUCGUCGCCGGAACCAUCGUCGUCGUCGUCCUCGUCGUCAACGGCCGGCAAUCUAAUCCUCUCCGCGCUCCUCACCACCACCGCCUCCCCCUCGGAGGCCCCCCACCACCACCACCACCACCACCACCACCACCACCACCACCACAACACCGAAGGGACGACGAGCCAGCACGACGCCCCGGAUCCCCUCAACGGAAUCCUAUCGUCCCUGAACGUCCGGAUCAAGACGGAGGAAUACCCGAAGAUACGAGCGGAGGAACGAAGGGCGGGGAGCGUCUCGUCGCCGUCCUCCUCGUCCACCUUCAACGCAUCCCUCCUCACCUCGUUGCUGUCCACCUCGUCGCGGAUCUCCUCCGCCACCCCCUGCCAACGCCAGCGAAACGACACCGCCGAGGAGCAGCCGCCCCCCCUCCUCCUCCCGAGGCCCUCCUGCGCCAAGCUCGAGUAUCAUCCCCCGCCGGCCGAGGCACCGGCCACCGGGGACCAGCAGCAGGACCAGCACCAGCAUCAGCGCCACCGCCACCAUCAGAGGGCGGCGAAGGGAGUCGAGGCGAGCGCGUCGCAGGCGGCGGCCGGCCGAGGCGGCAAGCUAGACUACCCCCAACUCGUGGUCGGCCAAUCGUCGUCGAGGGAGGUUGUGGACACGGGCGAGGGGGAGGAGGCGCUAGGCGCCGCGUCGCCCUACGACAUCGUAUCCCCGUCCGGGAGGCGCGUCCACGGGAAGCAGGCGCCCCCCUCGUCGUCCUCCGCGGCUGGGAGGGGCGGGGGCGAUCGUGGCGGGGGAGGCGGCUCGCUGCCUAAGGACGGGAUCGCGCCACCCUGCGCCUCGGUGGGCGCAGUGUCGCCAACCUCGGAUAUCGUCAUCGAGAUGAAGUACGAGACCCAGUCGGGGCCGCCCGCGGCCCCCCCGCACCUCACCUCCUCCGGGGUGGAGCCCCCGCACAGCAGCCAGGGGACGGGGAUCGUGGUCGGCGGUUCACCGGCCGAGGUGGUCGGGGUCGACAGCCUGCUGCUGUCGCCUUGGGGCGCGACGGGGCCGGAUUUCCUCGAGCCACCGGACGUGAAGCAAACGGCAGCUGGUCUGCAGGACGCGUGGGACACCCUCCUCCUCGGCUCGUCGGUCGGCGUCGCAUCCGCGCAGUCGCUGGCCGAGUUGAAACCCCUUCCGCCCUUCACCGGCUACACCGGCCACCUCAGCAUCAACGGCAUACCCGGCCACCACUAUCACACCAUAGCCUCGUCCGCGCAGAGGCCCUCCCUACCCUCCUCCUCCCCCACGUCCUCCUCCAAUCAGGAGUACUACGAGCCCCCCGUCCAACAGCAGCAACAGCAGCAACACCAACAACAUCAGCAGCAACAGCAUCAUCAUCAACAUCACCAACAACAAUUGCCGCAAUCGUCGCAGCCGGUCGACUACGACAUCGAGGACAUAGCGGAGAUAAUCGGGUCGGCGAUAGCCGACACGACGGUGCCGGGCGGCGGGAACGGGGCGGGGUCGGAGCACGACCCCGAGGCGUCCCGGGACUGGAUCGAUAUCGCCGAUUGGAUCGACACGGCGUGCUCCCCGAAGGCGCAGGAGACCACGUCGCCCAGUCCUUAUUCACAGAUAUACGGGACGGCGACACCCUCGACCCAGGCCCAGCAGCACGGAUCCACGUUGCAAAGUUUGUUGACGCACGGUUACGCGCCGUUGAUCAACGCGAGAUUGCAAUCGGCGAACGCAGCGCUCCAGAACACGUCCUGCGGGGAGACCCCGUCCUCGACCAGCCCCUAUCCGCCCGUCAGCCCGCCCGGCAGAGUGUCCACCUCGUGCAGCCCCGACCACCUCCUGCACUCCUCCUUCGCCGCCCCCUCCCACCCCAGGAAGAGGUCGAGGCCCGCCCCCGCCUCCCAGAACCCGUCCAAGAAGAGCCCGGCAACAGGGGCGACGGCGUUGCCUUACGGGACCGAAUCAGGAUUGAUAGGGGGCAAGGAGAAGCCCGUGCACAGAUGUUCCAUUUGCAACAGGGGUUUCCUGAACAAGAGCAACAUAAAGGUGCAUUUGAGAACGCACACGGGCGAGAAACCGUUCAGGUGCGAGGUGUGCGGUAAAGCGUUUAGGCAGAAGGCCCAUUUGAUAAAGCAUCAACAGAUUCACAAGAGGAUCGGCAGGGAUUAA